AAAAAAACAGUUCUUCACACUUUAGCAGCCGCAAACGGAGCUAGGGAAAUGAGGGAACCAACCGAAGGGCGGAGACAGAGGAAAAAGAGUUGCGUCAUCUUCACUUCGGCCGGCUGCCCGCCUUACCGCGACGCCGUACAACACUUCCGCAUUCACUUCAGUCUUCCGGCAUUUGAGGGAGGGAGAACCACCGUCGUUAUCCCUACCCUCCUUGAAGCUGCCGCCGGUGACUUCGCCGUUCCCGCCGCCACGGGGCUCAUUGUCGCCGUCUUCAUCUAGCCGCUUCUGGAAGCUGAGUUAUUACUCUUUUGUGAUUCAACUAGGUUUGAAUCACCAUGAGUUCAAGCCCUGUGAAAGAGUCCCAAAACACGCCGACAAGCUCACAAGAAGCUGAGAAGAAGCCUAUCGAACCCAUUCGGCUUCCAACAGUUGAGGAAGUUCGAGGCCAAGACAUAUGGAACAACUGCGCCAUCCGCAGCGUCGCAAGUGGAAUCAUGGGAGGGGGGCUAGGAUUGGCCAUGGGUCUGUUUUUGGGGUCACUGGACACCCAUAUAUUGGACGAUGAAAUGACAAGUAAGCAAAAAAUUGUGUACCAAGCAAAGCAGAUGGGUCGGAGGAGUUGGAGUUCUUGCAAGACCUUUGCUGUUAUGGGUUUGAUAUUUUCUGCCGCAGAAUGUGUGGUUGAGAAGGCCAGGGCGAAACAUGACAUUGCCAACACUGCAGUUGCUGGAUGUGUAACUGGAGGCGCAUUAUCAGCCAGAGGAGGUCCAAAGGCAGCAUGCGCCGGUUGUGCUGGCUUUGCUGCAUUCUCUGUUGUGAUCGAGAAGUUCUUAGAAAGGAUGAACUAAAGAAGCUUUGGAGGUUAUAACCCAAACCAAGAAAUUUUGGAAUUUUAUUGUCUUGCUUGCCUACAAAUUUGCUGCUGAUUUUGUUAUUUCUUACCAUGUGAGAGGGGUUUUUUUUUGUUGAAAUGUGCCUUGAAAUAUAUACUUUAUACUCCCCCAAAAUGAACUUUAGGCAUUCCU